AUGACGGCAAACUACUCUCACCUGACAACCAAGGACCUGAUAGAUGAGUGCCCAAGCACUGCAGACUUCUCCAUCUGCUGCCCCUGCGUGCAGGCGGGCCCUACUACCAAAUACAUGGCACCCCGCGAUGGCUUGAAUCUGGGUGUCGCCCCUAGGCGCCUCCUUCCAGUAGGGGUGAAGGAGUGGAAAGACACAGUUGAACUGCACCAAUUGCUGAAUAUGACCCUGCUUCUCGGACACGGUACUCCGAUCGAGGGCAUCCAGACGGUCAGGGCAUUUCCGCACUGUAACUUACUCAUGAUCGCUGAGGCUAGAAAGUGGCUUGAUGCACGUGCGAGCAUGGAGAGCGCUGACCAGAGUCUCCAUACAGAGGAAAUCGAAGCAGUCGCAGAUGCUGCUAAGCACGAAAGGGGGCACCUCGACUGGCGCGACAUGCGUCUCCUCAGCCACCUUGCGUUUACCCCACUGCUGGAUGAUUACUACCGCCGGGCCGAGGACGAGACAAACAUGAUGACUACGGCCGUCGGGAAGAGUAUUGAGCGUGGGGACUGGGGUUUCUCAGACUUUUGGUGGCGGACGAGCGAGGGGACACGCAACAUAAUUCCAACAAGCCGGCAGGUGGAGGUGUAUCGUCUGAUGGCUGGCACGGUCAAGCUGAGAUACUUGUUGCGAAUUUUCUACCAGAAGGUUCCCUUCACGGCAGGGCGGCGACCACGUUUCUUGUUAUUGUCCAUUGGCCCAUGGUCAUAUCCACCCCCCGCCAUACCACCUACUACAGCCCAAGGCCUUCGUGUCGUUGACCGGCUGGGGCAUCUCACCCCCAGGGACGCUUACUACGUCCUUCCUGUGAUUAUCCAAAUGAUAUGUCUCCGACGGGACAUGGGUGACCCCCUGGGCGGAGCCUCGGGUCCGAUUCCAAAACCUGAGGAGCCUGUGUUUGGACGUGUCCCUGAUCAAGGCCCGGCCGUUAAUGAUGGCCACGACGACAACGAUGAUGAAUCUGGCUGUAAUGAAUAUGAAGCGACCUGGCCAGCUGGACUCAUGUCACAGCACAACCAGCCGCAGGCACCAGUGGUCGCCGUCUACUCGCAAUCAAACAAUGUCCGCUACUUCAAUAUUCUGGACUACGAUGGAGACGAGGGAGAUGACUUACCUUACUACUAUGCUCGUGUGAAACCGGCCUCGGAAGAACAAAAUGAGAUGUCCAUUGACUCGCCCAGCACUGCACCAGUGUCAUCUGCUCCAUCCCACCCCCCGACUGCACGAUUCCGCGACUUCAUAGUCAAGGAGAAUCUACGGAAGUUGACGUUGAAAAACGGGAGAAUUGUUGAAGAGGACAUCGACUCGCAGAAGGGUCCUACGCGGUUUAAGUAUCCUGUCCAAUUGAUCUUACGCAGACUUGAGGAGCAUUUCCCUUUUCGCAAUUGGUUGAAAGCAUAA